AUGCCUACGAAAUUUCGCCCUUGCAUUGACAUUCACCAAGGCCAAGUGAAACAAAUUGUCGGCGGCUCGCUGGGAAGUACACGCGCGCUCCAAACAAACUACGUGUCCGCCAAAUCGAGCUCUUACUAUGCUGAGCUCUACAAGCAAAACAACUUGACCGGCGGUCAUGUCAUCAUGCUGGCCCCAAUUGUGAGCAAGCGGCCACAGAGGCUCUUCAAGCUUGGCCCAAGUCACACUGGCUUCUCUGUGAAUGUCAAAUAUUCUCGUCGGCUAAUCAUUCGUUUAGACGCUCUUCAAGUUGGCGGCGGCAUCAACCUGUCGAAUGCUCAGCAAUGGAUUGAUCGUGGCGCUUCCAAGGUCAUCGUUACCUCUUGGCUCUUCCCCAAUGGCGAGUUUGAUGAAUCUCGUCUCAAGAUGCUCUCCGACCUCAUCGGUCGUGAUCGCCUCGUUGUCGAUGUCAGUUGUCGCCGAAAGGGAAACGAGUGGAUCGCUGCCAUGAACAAGUGGCAGCUGCUGACAACUAUGAAAAUUAACAAGGAUAACUUGGACAUGCUCUCCAAGUACUGUUCAGAGUUUUUGAUUCACGCGGCUGACGUCGAAGGCCUUUGCCAAGGAAUUGACAAGGAGCUCGUCGUCAAAUUGGGCAAAUGGGUUACGAUCCCCUGCACGUAUGCUGGCGGUGGUCGCAGCCUUGCCGACCUGGAACUCGUCAGUAAGCUCAGCGGCGGCAAAGUCGACUUAACCAUCGGCAGCGCUCUUGACAUUUUCGGCGGUUCACUUAGUUUCGAAAGUGUCGUCGCUUGGAACAGAGAAUUUGCUCCAGACGCGCUCGAGAACUAA